AAAUAUAUAAAUCUUAUCAUCAAAUGAGUGUUAAUCAUAACAUUAGAAAAGAAAGCAUAGAAUUGAUCUAAAAUUCCGAAAAUCAUGAAAAAAACAUAUAUGAACCACAUUACAAAAAUGAAAAUGAAUAAGUAUAAUACUUAAUUAUUUUAGUAAGUUGAUGAAUAUAUAGAAGAAGAAGAUUAAGUUCCAAUCUAUUCACCUUAUUAACUAUCUUUAUAUAAGAAACCUAAUCUUCAAUUUUUAGAUGAAUUUCAUUUAGAUGAAGAUCCAAAAAAGAAAGUUUGUAUUGAAGAUUGUUCAACAACUGAAUAAUCAUUAGAUCAUUAUGCUAUGGGAGAUUUAGAAAUAUUGGCUGAAACACUUUAAAAACAAAAUUAUAAAAAGUUCUCCUAUCCAAAAAUUCUUCCAAUUCCAACUAAUGUAGAUGAACAUUUCUCUAAUUUAAAAAUGAGAUUCUAACCAUCAUAAAAAUAAGAAGAUUUUAUAUCUACUUAUAUUAAAUCUGAUGAUAUCAAAAGAAUCAAAAUAGGUUUGUGUGAUGAAAUCAUUAAUGAUGAAGAAACACAUAAAUUUGAGGAUUGGGUUGAAUAAUUAUGUACAUCCACUAAUCAUUAAUCUUUAAAAGAAAUGACUCGAAAAUAGAAAGUAGCUAGAUAUCUUUAAAAAAAACAUAGUCGAACAUAUGAAAAGAAAGUUCAUUAUCAUGUUAGAUAAAAAGUUGCUGAAGAAAGAUUAAGAGUUAAAGGAAGAUUUGUUACAUGGACAUAAGUAAACUAUUCUAUUUUAUAUAAGGCUUUAAAAAUGUUGAAUCAACAAUAAGACACAAUCAAAUCAUGGACUCAUAAUGAUUAUUUUAGAAUUAAGAAUCUAUUGAAUGAAAAAUUUGGUGCUGUUAGAAGUGAAAGAUCACUAAAAUUAUGA